AAAGGUGCCUGAGGCUAUUUGUUGUUAUUUACAAACAUGUAUUGUUGUGAUUUUGAUGUUGGCUAUUGAAUACAUUGUGUAUACAAACUUUUGCUCGCAUAACUCUUACCAAUUGUUAGACCGCAGUCACGCGCAAUUGACCAAUCAGAUUACAGAAUUGCGGGGGGUUUAUUUUUCAUAGACACCUCGUUUCAGGUGUCUAUGGCGUUUGCAGGUGGUCUACAGCAAACUCCCCGUACAAAAUGGCUAUUCUCAAAAGUCGUUAUCUGCGCAAACCGGCCGAUUCCGCGUUCGGUAUAUGUAAGCGUAGAAGGCGCGACUGGCAAAGUAGCUCUUUUAAAAUGCGUAGUGCACCUGCAAGAAGUCUGUGGACAGUCUCCGGAGCUCGCGAAAGUCAGAAAUCACGUC